ACACACACACACACACACACACUUGUCAUGGUUUGAGUAGUUGGUAGAUGUCAUGGCAUUUGGACACAUUCACAAGGUUACACUUGUGGGAGUCUCUUUUGACAGUAAUCAAUGACGCAGAAGUUUAAGAAGGGUACAUGAAGAGCUGAAGAAGAGGGGAGAGAGAGAGAGAGAGAGAGAGAAAGAGAGGGGUGGGUGGGUUGUACCAUCCAAGAGGUGUCUGCUUCACUCUGGUAAAGAGUCAAGAGACAGCCACCUUAGCUGUCCUGCACCUCGUGGCCACACCUGCCCCAGGGAGAAGAGUGUGAGGAGCAGGAUCAUACAGAAAGCUUUGGCAUCAGAUGAACAAACUUCUGGAAUUGGUGCAGAGAAACACAUUUUGUGGAAAAAAGAUGAGGUGGCAGGUUGUGUUAUUAUUUGGAGUUGCUUUCAACAUUCAUCAAGUACUGGCAAGGCUUCCACCUAAAGAAGAUUUGUGUGGAAUGAUUGUGGAUGCCAAGGUGGAGCAGGAGUGCCUCAGGUGCUUCACUGAGGCUGGACACAUUAGUGAGCAUCCAGAGAAAGUAAGAAAAUGUGUAGCAACUUACUUGCCCCCUGACCUUGCUGAGUGCAGUGUUCCUCAUGCUGAGAGGCCAGAUACUAUCAGGAUCAACCAGGGAGGAGGAGAUUACCACCAUAACCACACCAAUGCUAAUUUUCUUCCCAGCUGCCUUAAAAGAGGACUUCGUAGGCUUGAAGCUUAUUUAAAGAAGGAGAAUAAGUUUGUUAGGCAGGCCAGUCCUGGAGUGAAGUACAUUGUGAAAUCAAAGUUAGUAGAGCAUGGAGGCCCCACCAUUCUAAGCGCCAGUGCCAUGAAUGCCAUCAUUCAGCAUGUGGACAACAAGAGGUUGAUGGAGGAGUCUGUUACUGAAUGUGAAGACAAGUUUAUCAGAAGUGGAUUAUACUACUGGGAGAGAGACCUCUGGGAGGAGACAGAUGAAUCUGUACUGGAAGAUUUGAUGGAGGAGGAGGAGGAGGAGAUAGAAGAGAAUGAUGAUUUGGUUGAUGAUACUGAAGAAAACAAUGGAUUAAUGGAGAUACCUGUGAGACAUCAAGGCAGAAACAACCUCCCAUAUGGUGGCACAAACAUGCUUGCUAGAGUUGUUAUGCUGCAAAAAUGCAUUGUCACAUCUUUGAUGGAACAUGGAGAGGGACCAGACCUUUUAGAGUUUAUAAUGCAGGAAAACUUCUAUGAUCCUGUUCCUGCAUGGUUGGUGAAGCCAUUGUUGAUGGUUGCCAAAAGUGGUGCUGUUGAAUGAAAAUAACUCCACGGGAAGAAAACCACUAAAAAUUGAAAGCAGAAACAUAAAAGAAAAUUAACAUCAGCAAAUAUUAUGAAGGAUAAUUGUCAUUUUAUGAAGUAUAGUAGAUAACAUUUUGAGGUGAUAAUGAAAAGAAAUUCAGGAAUGAAUCAAUAACCACUGUUUAAUUUAUAUAUAUUCUAUUAACUAGUGUCAUGACAAUGUCAAAUUUUCUGAUACAAUUUAUUGAAAAGUAACCAUGAGGAAGGUUGAUUUUUUUUUUUUAAGUUAUUUUAACCCUGACUGCUAGGUAAUAACAUUAUAAUAUGUUUUCAUUUGAGUUGCCAUAAAAAAAUUGUGAAUUGGAGUAAAAGUCCAAUUAAAGUGUUUGAACUGCUCAGUAAUUCACUUCUUUUGGUGUUGGUAUUUUUUUCUUUCCAGCUUAUACACUUAACCUUCACCACAUUGUAUUAAACUUGAGGAGAAUUCAUAGCAUUAUAUCCAUUUACAUGUCUAUAUCUUUUCCCUUCAUGAUUCAGACAAAUCAUCAACAAGAAAGUAUUGUUUAGCUUUGCCUCAUAAGACAAACUUGACUAAUGAAUAUUCUGAGAGCAUAUUUAAGAUGAUAUUAUGAGUGUGAUGUUUCCCAAGGAGUGGUCAUACAAAUAAAUUAUUGACACAUCAA